UGGGAAUCGCAACUGUCCAUGGCCUGCCUAUACCCCAGCGACUGCAGAAACCCCUGGAGACAACUGGCCCUGCCGAACACAGAGGACCCGACAUCUCAUGGGAAACCCCAACACAGACUCUGGUACUCCACAGUCCAUGGAAGGACAAGCUGUUUCCAAAAUCCUGGCUUUAGCCUUGGCUACGGGAAAGACUGAUAUCCAAGUGUGACAGCAAAGAUGAGGAGUCAGGAACUCGCCUAUUCUCUCCUUCAGUUAAGUGAAGAGGUGGCCAUGGAGAAUCAAACCACACCAACCGAAUUCAUCCUCUCGGGAUUUUCCAAACUCCGGGGCUUGCGUUUCCUCCUCUCAGGCGUCAUCUCCAUCAUCUACAUUUUCACCCUGCUGGGGAACAUGCUCAUCCUCCUCCUUUCCUUGGUGGACCCGUGUCUCCGAACCCCCAUGUACCUCUUCCUGGGGAAUCUCUCCCUCCUAGAUAUCUUCCAGACCACAACCACCAUCCCCCAGAUGCUGCAGCACCUUCUCUCAGGCAGGAGCAGCAUCUCCUAUGGAAGCUGCAUGGCACAGCUAUACUUCUUCCUCUCAUUUGUGGGGGCAGAGGGCAUUCUCCUGGCCACCAUGGCAUAUGACCGUUAUGUGGCCAUAUGCAACCCACUGCUCUACACAGUGCUGAUGAGUACCAAGCUUUGUUCCACACUAGUGGCUGCCUCUUGGCUCACUGGCUCUUUCAAUGCAGCUGUUCAUACAGUCCUCACAAUCCGCCUGUCCUUCUGUGGUGUCAACAGACUCAGCUACUUCUACUGUGACAUCCCGCCCCUGUUGGCUCUGUCCUGCGGAGACGUCUCCCUCAAUGUCAUCGUUACAGUGGUCUCCAGCCUCUUCUUUGGCUGUGGUCCUUCCUUGUGCAUCAUCCUUUCAUACAUGCAUAUUGUGUUCAGGAUACUGAAGAUGCAAUCAUCCCAGGGGAGGAGAAAGGCCUUCUCUACCUGUGCAUCGCACCUCACAGUAGUCCUGCUCUACUAUGGCAGCUGCAUCUUCACCUACAUGAGACCUAUCUCCAGCUACUCUCUGGACAAGGACAGGCUGAUCCCCCUGCUGUACAGCCUUGUCACCCCUAUGUUAAAUCCAAUCAUCUACACCCUGAGGAACAAGGAUGUGAAGGGGGCUAUGAAAAAGGUCUUUCAUAGGAAAAUGUUUUUCUAAGGGAGUCAAGUUUACCGGCAUCAACCCCCAAUUUUGGGAAGGGAGUGGGAUGUAGUGAAUUAGAACACAUGGGAACAGAUAGACAAGACAAAGCCCACAUUCUAGCCUCUUCCUGAGUAGAGAGUAGUGUCUAAGGGGUUAGAAAAUAGGUACACUGGGGCAGGAAUCCUGAGUUAUGUUCCUAGCUCGAGGAGGGGAGUGAGGUCUAGUGAUUGAAGUAGAGGCU